AUGGUGCCCAGAUCUAUUCACAGUAAGAAAGAAUUGACCUUCCGCUUUGACCAGGCUCUGUCAAUGCCACCUUCUUUGCAUUGUGUCAACUCUGUUUGGCCUGAUGAUACUCCUGUGAUGCCUGACUACCGAACAGAAAGCUUCCUAAUGAAUUGCAGAAUACUUUCCCUCUUCAUAUCCUUCUUGCUAAUACUAGCUGGGCCGAGCAUGUCUCUGGAUAAUGGUUUGGCAAGAACUCCCCCAAUGGGGUGGAUAUCUUGGGAGCGUUUCAGAUGUACCAUAGAUUGCCAGCAGUACCCUGAUAAUUGUAUUAGUGAAGGCUUGUUUCGGUCAAUGGCAGACAAGCUGGUCGAGGAUGGCUGGAAAGAUCUAGGAUAUCAAUACAUAAACAUUGAUGACUGCUGGUCAGCGAAGAUGAGGGAUGAUGAUGGGAAGAUUCAGCCAGACCCAGAACGAUUCCCAAAUGGCAUUAAAGCGCUGGCUGAUUACGUUCAUUCUAAAGGGCUGAAGCUAGGGAUUUAUGGGGACUUGGGUAUUACAACCUGCAGUGGGUUUCCAGGCACCACACUGGAGAAGGUUGACACUGAUGCCAAGACAUUUGCCGAAUGGGAAAUAGACAUGCUGAAGUUUGAUGGCUGCAACUCCAACUCCACUGAGAAAGCAAUAGGUUAUUCGAAGAUGAGCCAUGCUCUCAAUGCUACAGGAAGGCCAAUCAUAUACUCCUGCAGCUGGCCAGCUUACGAAUUUGGCCUGCCACCCAAGGUGAAUUACACACUGAUUGGGGAACUCUGUAACCUCUGGAGAAAUUAUGAAGAUAUUAAUGACUCAUGGAAUACUGUGCUAACAAUUAUAAAUUGGUUUGGAGACAACCAGAGAGUAUUACAGCCAGCUGCAGGCCCUGGACAUUGGAAUGAUCCGGAUAUGUUAAUUGUCGGUGACUUUGGUCUGAACUAUGACCAGUCCAAAUCACAGUUAGCUCUCUGGGCAAUGUUGGCAGCUCCAUUCUUUAUGUCCAAUGAUCUUCGCACCAUUUCCAAAGAUGCUAAGACUCUCCUGCAGAACAGGUUGCUUAUUCACAUAGACCAGGACCAUCUGGGGUUGCAAGGUGAAAGGAUUGAGAAGGACUGGGACUUUCAAGUCUGGAAGCGGAAUUUGACUGAUGGACAAUUUGCUGUGGCCUAUCUUUGCACAGCCAGUGAUGGGAAUAUUCGGACUUUCAAGCUGAGCCUGCCUGCUCUCUUCAUAGUGGACUGUGCACUUGGCUACAACAUUUAUGAUGUUUUUGCCAAAAAGCUUGUACGGUCUCUUACUUCAAAUCAGACACACCGAUUCCAAGUCAAUCCCACAGGAGUUGCCCUGUUCUUUAUCCGACCCAAAUGCAAACUGAUUUGAUGUUAAUAUUUGUAAAUUAGAUAUAAAUUUGAAGAAAAAAAAGUUUGUUGCUCAUUUUGAUGAAACUCAUAAAUAUGUAAUAUG